UGAAGGGGAGGGGCCAUGGUUGACAUAUUUCGAGUUCCGAAUCAGCUGCCUGACAUUUUGCUUUCGUUGUUCGAGCAAGCAGGAAGUGAGUCAGCAGAAAUCAAAAUCAUGGCUAAUUAUCCCGGGAUGUGCUUAGUGUUCUGUUUUGCAAUAUUUGGAUUGGGCUCUGCCAUCCGCUGUUUCACAUGCAAGGAUAACACAGGGAGCUGCACAAAUACACAGGACUGCCCUUCUGACGAUGCCUGCCUGACACUGACUGAGACAGGGGGACAGAUCACUCGGCAGUGCAUCAAGGGCUCUGAUUGCGACUUCAAUCGAUUGGCCCAGAUGUUCCCAUCUGUACCAAAAUUCACCUUUGGUUGUUGCUCCAAUGACCUAUGCAACGGAGCCACAUCCAUUGGCACUGGCAAGCCCUUGCUGGGCCUUCUUGCCUCAUUGGCAGUGAUGUGGUGGUGUAUGCAGUAACCUCUCCUCAUACGUUUUAGAAGCCCUAAUGUUGCCAUUCGACUCAACAGAAGCCACUGAUGGAACGGCAAGCAGGAAGAUGUGGGCUAAUGGCUCAUGCUGUAAUUCUGCCGUACUUUCCUGACUUACUGCUGCACAUUUGCAAUAUUGAUUUUGACUCUUUGCACUUAAUUGGAUUUUUAAAGCUUUCUAUGAUAACCUAUUUGUUGAUUACCAAUGCUUUGUGCUUCAGCCCAAGGGCUGAAAAUAGGAAACGUGCUCACAGAUGAGUUUGGAGAAGGUAUAUCAUUCAAACAAUCCUAUUUUGAGGCUUGUAAAAUAGACUAACACUUUCCAUCUAAGUGGGUUUGCUCAGAAUUAUGACCAAGUAUUGCACCAAUAGGUUGUCUAUAGUUUGCUGACCAAAGUUACUAUAAUGUGCUUAAAUGUAAGGGAUACUUUGAGAAAUAUUUGUCUGAUUGAGUGGACAAAGUAUUGUAUAAUUAAAAAUGCAAAUACAUGA